AUGAUAGCACAGCUUGGGAGCUUCCAGGAGAACUCUGAACCAGGAGAUCAGAAGGGAAGUCUUUGGGUAAGAAGAAGAGAAGCAGCUGCAGCAGCACCAGCCUUCUCUCCUCCUGUAACUGGCACAGAACUGGAACCCAUCUAUGAGCCUGAAGAGGACGAAGGCCUGGGAAGUGAGUGUGCGAUUCUGUCUGACACAGAGUCUAAGGAAGAGAUACCACUGUACAUUCAGACUCUUUACAGCUUUUUAGGAAAAGAAACAGCCGAAGAUUUUCUUCACCCAACUAUUGAGGAGAAAACUGUUUCACCAAGAGCCAAAUGUGUGUUAAAUAAAACAAAAGGUUUUGUGGACUGUGAAGACAUCUGGAAAAUUCUGAGAGACAAUUUCAAAUCCAAACAGAUACAACUGGACUCCACAAUUCCUCAGGCAUUACAGAUGUCCAAAUUUGAGAAUCUACCCACCACUAAGUAUCAGAGGUUUCAAGGGCAGAUGGCCCGCUAUCGAAGCCAUCUAGCAUUAAUGCAAAGAGCAUCACAAUCAAACCAAGAUAAAACUUCACUGAUUAUUGCCAAUAAUCCACUUCUGGGACUUAAUGACUUGGAAGGGAAGAGUGGUCCAAUGAAAUAUCUUACCCCAGGUUCCUCGAACAAGGCUGAAGAGCCUUUUCGCAAACCUCACGGGUUACCACCUCCUAACCACCACAAAACUCAACUAUCCAGGAUAGCGAGAAACUCUGUCAAUCUGAAGGAGCAGGGAUUGAGCAAAGCUGAUAGGAAACAGACAAACAGGUUUUCAGACCAUUAUUCGGUGAAGAGAAUCAGGCUACUGUCUGGACAGAGUACUUCUUCAAAGGACACCCCUAAAGGUCAAGAGAAAGAACCUUCUUCCAUAUCCGGUGAGGAAAAUCCUGGCCGCACCAGCAGGAACAACUUAUCAGCCCCUGUUUUACUGCAUUUAAUCCUGUACUUCAGAAUACUGUAAUCUGCCAAGUUUUUAACCUGUAGUACUUUGUGUUUAAUCACAUCCUGAUGUAACUAUCACUAUUUAAUCAUAUCCUGAUGUAACUAUCACUAUUACCUGCUGUAUUAUUGAAUUGUGGUUUGUCAAACUUGUACUUUACUUGAACAAAAGUUAUUGUAUUUCUUGCUCUUAUUGUAUUACUUGUAUUGUAACGCUUGAAAUGUUUUUGCUUACGAUUGUAAGUCGCCCUGGAUAAGGGCGUCUGCUAAGAAAUAAAUAAUAAUAAUAAUAAUAAUAAUGUCUGCUCUCAUAGAGACCACACCCACAGUAGCUGCACCAGGACAGGGCACCUUUAAAUGUGGAAAUGUGCCUCAAUGGACUGUUGAUCUGCCUUAGCUCUCAUUUUAAUAUGUGAAUCUCUUUAUCGCUGCACAAAUAUUAAAAUUCUAUUGGUUUCUG